AUGAUUUUCGCGUUCUUUCUUUCCUUUAUACAAAGCCAAGAUUUUCUGGCAAAUGAUGAAACUAGAUUCUCUAUUUGCAUCACAAAUAAGACAAUUAAAAAGAGUUAUUGCCCAGAAAACGUAAAUGAAACUUUUUUAUCGACAGACAAGAAAUUCGAAAAGGAAUUUGAAGCAUGGCUAAAGAAGAAUCAUGGAAAUAAGUUUGAUGGCAUUGAUUAUUUAUCACUUUAUAUUGAUUAUUUCGAUUAUCAAUCAAAAAAUCCAAUUUCUCUUGAUAUCUAUUCAUUUAAAGAAGCAAAACAUAUUCUUGUUAUUGGUCCAAACAAUGAAUCGAGAUCAUCUUUCGUUUUAAACGUAAAUCAAAUUACAACACUUGAUAACUUCGAAAUGUACAAUGUUAUUGCAGUAAAAGACGGCACAACACAGUUCUUUAUAAAAGAGAUGAAGAUUUAUGGCGUAAGAUUCCAAGGAUUCGAUAAAGCAACAGUUUUUUACGGAUAUAACCUAUAUUCAGAUCUUUUAUCAGUUUCCAACACGACAUUUAAAUUCGAUACAUUAUACUACAACUGCUACAGCGCAGAGAAGUUUUAUCCGAACUAUGAUUACGAUGGAUCAGUAUUUGCUAAGAGUAUCAUCAUGAGCGGUAUCCAGGAUGGUGGCUCUAUAUUCCAGUAUGGCAGCCAAUUCAUUAUUACUCCAAUAUCUAAAGAACACGGCUUCAGAAAAACAAAUUUCCGAAAUUCAACUGCAAAUAACAUUUCUUAUACAAUUAUUCAUAAUUCAGGUAAUCUAUACAUCGGAGCACUGUUUUCUAACAAGGCUUCAUCGUUUAAUAACGUUAGUUUAAAGGCAAUAAAUUCUUAUAUCACAAUCCAAGAAGGAGAAUGGAACGGUGAUGCUACAAUCAGUGCUACAUUAAUUAACUCUACACUUGACGUACAAACAAAUGAUAUUCAACUCAAAUUUACUGAUGAUUGUCAAAAUUCAAAGGUUUUAAUGAACAAACAGCUUGAAAUACAACAUAUUACGUCAAAGAGUAUAAGCCAGCUUGAGUUUAAUUGCAAUAUUUCAAUUUUUGAAUUCGAAAUUUUGGAAAAUUUCACAAUUGUCAAAAUUUCUGCUAAAAAUUCAAAGAUAAGUAGACUAUUUUCAACGAAGGACAUCAAGGAAAUCACGUUGACAGGAACUCCAGUGAAUAUUCUGCAAAUUUACGGUCAAUUUCAAAUUAUUAAAACAGAUUCAUUAGUUUUCACUGAUAAAAGGAUGGAACUCAUCAGAGACAAAUAUGUUCCGAUGAUUUCAUACACGAAACCAUUUGAACAAAAGGCUUUAUUCCAAAUAAAAUCAUAUUCUUCUUUUGAUCCAACAGAUAAGUACACUUUGAUAGAGAUUCCGAGUGAUUCAACAGGAACAGUCGAUCCUUUCGUUCCUAGAUAUGGUUUCCCUCUCAAAUUUGUUGAAGAAAUUUCGGAAAACAAAAAGAGGUAUAGUUUGACGAAUAUUACCGAGUUAUUCGCAAUCUGUGUAUCAGAUGAUGGCAAGAGCUUCUGCGGCAUCAACAGUUCUUUGAAUGUUGAUUUUCAUGAUAUUUCAUCUUUCCUUGAUUCGAUGAGAAUCUCUCAGGAUCUUUACAAGUCGAUCAAGUUAGAUUUUUAUUUGGAUACAGAAGUCAAGUUUGUUGUAAAUCCGAGAUAUCCUUUGGAUAUAAUUUCAGUUCAUGGACUUAGAGCUUCGAACCCUGUUGAGAUAGUUGCACUGAACCAAACCAUGUACUAUUCUUUCCAUAACGUUUCAGUUGAUACUCCGGCCAAUCAAGAUUCUUCAACGAGAUUAGGUUUCUUUAACUGCACCCUCACGGAAAACUUCAAGACCAUCAAUUUCGCAUCAUUGUACAUCGAUGCGGAGACAUAUGGAAAGUAUUUUGAUCAUAAUCUCAAAUUUAAGAGCAUUUUGAAGGUAUAUACUGACUCCUUGUACUUCAGUAAGGAAGUUAUGGUGCCAGAUGUCCCAAGAUUAAACUGGACAAACGCAGUUUCUUUAGUUGGUGUCAGAAUGGUCUCCGGACAUGGCGGAUUCUCUAUUCCAUGCACAAUGAAGAUCAUUCCGCAGCCAAUUAUCAACUUUACAACGAACAAUUAUGGAAAUCUAAAAUUAAUUUUGUCUCCUGAAGAAGAUGUGAUCGUAAACUUCAAAGCAUUCUUCCCUGCUGACUUAGAUCCUACGAAGAAGACCGCUAAAAUCAACCUAGUUCCUAAUUUCUGGGGUCAGAAAUUAGGAACCACCAGAAAAUUCUGUUCAAAGUACGUUAACCUUCAAACGCAAAACAAAAUAACUGUUGUUCUUGCCGACGAAGCCUUUGAAUGCUCUUCUUUCUCAGAAACAAACAGUUCUGCAAGAGUUAUCAUAAAUAACUCAUAUGUUUCAGGAGUUGCCCAUCUGAAAACAAUUGCUUUGGCCAGGGAACUUCACCUCUCACGCGGAACAUACGUGGAUGCUGAUACUUUUGGAAUUCCAUACGAUGAUUUCCUUGUUCACGUUCAAGUUGACCUUAAAGACGUUCCCAUGCUGAUGAUCCACACGUUUACUUCAAGAUGGACUGAGACUUAUUUGCCUUUCUUCCAAGUUUAUCCUGAAUUUUUAUAUGAUCUUGACAAAUUCGCUGAUAAGAAGGAAUACUACAAAUUCGGAUUACCAGUACUAUGCAUAGAAUCAAGCGAUUACAUCGGAACUCUCUCCACUUAUGGAAAUAUCUUCGAAGGUGACCAAUUUCAGACCGCCGCAUCAACAUUUAUAGUUAAAUAUGGUGUGGCCAAUGAACCUGACUGUUGCAUAAACGUUAUUCCCUAUGAAAAGCCUGAGAGACAAGAUCCAAUUAUUGGACCAGUCAAAAAGGGCGGAUGGAUCGGAAUUUUGGUUGUUUCUGUAGUUGUUCUUGGAGCAAUUAUCACAUUUUUACUUAUAUCUUUUAUUUGUCCAAGAGCUACCAUUAAUGUUAAGAGAAACAACGUUAUAAGCUUUACAGAGUAA